AUGCUUGUUUACAAGGAGGCUGAGGAACAAUGUUUACAAAAGAUAAUAGGGUACGGAACGAUCAUGUUUUUGUUAUUAUACGUAUUAAGGUUCAUAAAAUAUUUGGGAAAACGUAAUAAAGACACCGAAAAUGAUAGACGAACAGCUCAAAAUUCGCAUGUUACUAUUAAUGCUGAUCCUGGCACUGAUGAGAAAAUAACAAAAAAUCGACAAAGGAAAAGACGACGUCAUAAAUAUAUACCAGAACAGUGGUUGGCAAAAGACGAUCCUUGCUCUUGCCACGAGUUCGAAGACUACGAA